AUGUUAAUCCCACCUCCAAGUCCCCUUAUGAGUAGAAAGAAAGUAAAAAGAAAAUCCAAUGUUCCAAGAAGACAAACGAAGCUCGAAAAGAGAUUCAAUUGUCCAUUGUGCAACCACGAGAAUGUUGUUCAGUGCAUUGUCAAGAGAACUCUGAUGAAAGGGUUUGCAAACUGCUCUGUGUGUGAUGCAAACUUCUCUUGCGAUGCAAAUAAGCUCACUACUGGUAUCGACGUGUAUUCAGCCUGGGUUGAUGAAUGCUGCAAGAAAUAG